AUGGACGCGCUGGAUGAGUCUUUGGCACCAGAUACACAUCCGUCGCGACAUCGCAAGUCCCUCCCCUCCCCGUCGACGAGCGCUCCGGCACCUCAGUCGGCAGACCGUGCCAAUGUGCCUCCAGCCUCUCCUGAGGUCAUCUCCUCGUUGAUAUCGUCGCUGUCGGCUAUCUCAGCCCCCGCGCAGAGUCUUUUCGAUAGCUUUCCCAACAUCGAUGACCACCUAGGACAGCCAUUGCCCAAUUCGCCGCAAUCGGAAAGCUCGCGGGGCCGCCCGCAGAGCGGUCGUUCGAAGUCGAAGGCGUCGAAUGAACAUGGGUUUGGCAUGGACUAUGGUGCAUACAAGGUCCUGGAAGAGAAUAACGAUAACCCGUUCCUGCAUCCUGACGAUGCGGCCAUUGCACCAGUCGUUCGUAUGGCACCUCCUCCCUCGUCAUCCAAGCCCAAAAAUAAUUCAGGACAAGAGGCGCCGCCAUUGAGACCCAGCUCUGUCGGAUCGUGUACUCCAUCGACGGCAGCCUAUGACGAAUUCUCUGGAUUUGGCAUGAUCUCGACGGAACCCGGUCCCCGAGUAUCCACUGCAAAUAGCAUCGCAUCUUCCAGUUCCGGAGGACGAAGGAGCCUUAAGGGCCAGUUGGGAUUGCUGAAGAGAGCAUCCCGAGAAUUUCUGCAAGAUAAGGAAUCUGAUCGAUUGAAGAAGACGUCCAGCCAGAACGAUAGCCUGAAGCUUAAAAUGCCCCGAAGCAGAGCAAGCUUACAUUCAAUUCGUUCCAUGGCAGAUCUCACAGAGGAGAUCGCAGAUGACGGCGAUAUAGGAAUGCGAACGAAAGACAGCAGAGGGUCGUCCGACAGACACAGGGUUUCAUCGCUGCCUCUAGAUACGCCAGCGGCCGGACCCGGCGGUAUAGGAAGCGGGAGAUUGAUCCCUACGCGUGAAUCCUCGUUACGACAUAGCUAUGGUGGUACCUCAAACAAGAAGCGUAGACCUCGUCAUACCCGCUAUUCAUCUACCGGGAGCAAGGACCUAAAGAUUGAGGGCGGUAUUGCUGAAGCCAGUAACGAAGCAGAGCAAGUGACAAAAAGAAUUCAACAACUGAAAGAACAGCAGAAAAAGAUCAAAUCAGAGCUUGAGAUCGAUGAUACUCCUUCAAAGCCUAGGCGUUCACACUCAGCGUCACGGCCUCAAGCAUCGCGGAUGUCCAGCGAGACACGUCCGAAGCGGUCAUCGUAUAGUGGUGACAGUCUCUUGCACAAGGUGGAGGAGAGCGGUUUCGAUUUCCAGGAUGAAAGCGCGCCUGCCCCAGCGGUCCUGACCGGGACAAGCAGCAAAUCUAUGAAGCGCAACAGCGGUCCUCUUGCAUCAAAGACAACAGACCUACAGCCCAUACUGGGGAAAAAGUCGUUUGAUAAGUCCUCUCGUCUGGAUAGGAGUCAUUCGCACCGCUCAGCAGAGUUCUCCCCAGUCUCAGGUGCCAAGCAACACAAACGCACCCCCUCCGGACGGCUAUCUCAGAGACGACUCUCCAUGUCCGACGAACGCCCGUCCAGUGCGGAUUCGAUUGACCUCGCGGUGGAGGCGUAUAUUGAUUCUCCAAGACUGACGCGGAGGGUGGCUCAUCCGACCACAGGUCGCGUAAUAGCUUUCUCUGACGUUGGAGACCCGAAGGGCUAUGUUGUCGUCUGCUGCUUGGGAAUGGGGCUUACGAGGUAUCUGAUGGCCUUCUAUGAUGAACUCGCAAGAACUCUGAAGCUGCGGCUGGUCACGCUUGAUCGUCCUGGUGUUGGAGAGAGUGAGCCCUGUCCGGAUGGGACUCCCCUGGGCUGGCCGGACGACGUUGCGAUUGUCUGUAAUUAUCUGAAGGUGACAAAGUUCUCUAUCCUUGCGCAUUCUGCUGGUGCUAUCUACGCAUUGGCUACGGCCCUGCGGAUGCCACAACACAUUCGCGGUCGCCUGCAUCUUCUGGGUCCCUGGAUCCCUCCUUCGCAGCUAUCGGCUAUCGGAGCUCACAAGGAACCGGCUCCUAGCAACGCAGUCCCCUACUCACAGAGGAUACUACGUGCCCUACCAACUCCUAUUCUCAAGGUUGCCAACUCGAGUUUUAUGAGCGCUACCAGUACAAGCAUCACAACAAGUUUGCCUAAGUCACCUCGUCGAUCCAAGCGGAAGGCUGCCGUCAAGGAUACCCCGGGACCUGUGGCAGCAGAAGCUUCUUCAAGUAAGACGUUAACGCAAGGGGGGCCAGAUAAAGAUGCGGGAGCCGCACAGUCGUCGACAGGUGUUCUUGGUUCUCCUGAUGCAAAUGGCCAGGGCACUGUGACUAUGUCGGCCACAGAUGACCGCGAGCGCCAGUCUGACUACGACAAUAAGUUGACCUACAAGAUUUGGGAGUUGGCAACAACGAACGCUAACCCAGCCGUUGAUCUAUUGGUCUGCCUAGAGCGCAACCAGCCGAUUGGCUUUCGUUACGUUGAUAUUACUCGAGCAGUAGUCAUCCAUCAUGGAAGCAGGGAUACUCGUGUACCCGUGGAUAAUGUGAGGUGGCUGGGGAAGACAAUGCGAAGAUGCGAAGUGCGCGUGCUCGAGGGCGAAGGCCACGGCCUCAUGGCAUCAGCAGUCGUCAUGGGGAAUGUCCUUACUGAGAUUUCUAAAGAAUGGGAAGACUGGACCACUAUCGUGCAGGGCAAGCGGGAUGGUCGCAGACCGACUACCAACCACUCUUCGCGGCCGGGCAUUGUCAUCUAA